CUGCUCACGAAGCAGGCAAUCGAUCGAAGAACAAGACAAGAAGGCAGCAAGUCAACAGAAGUAUCGUCGUCAUGAGGGGUGCACUGCAGGUGGCUGUGCGCCAGUUGCACCGCGCGGCUGUGCGGCCGAUUGCGGCGUCGCCAACAGCCCACUUCUUCGCCUAUUCCCAGUCAGGCACCUCGUCCGAUUCCGUUGUUGCCUCUCUUGUGGAGCAGUCGCGCACGCACGAGAUGCGCCGCCAGCGCGACGAGCUCGUCCUCAUCCCUUCGGAGUCCAUCUGCUACCCGGAGUGCGAGGACCUCAUGGCCAGCUGCUUCGGCAACAUCUACGCCGAAGGUCAGCCGGACCUGCGCCUCAGCCGCGUCUCCCCCGCACUCGCCACAGAUGACGCCCUCUUCCACGCAUGGCAUCGCCGUCUUAGUGACGGUCGCUUCUACAGGGGUUGCGGCGAGGCAGACCGGGUGGAGCUGCUUGCCAAGUACUACAUUGCAAAGGCGUUUUCCAUGCUUGCUGGCUCUCCAUCAGCGGACCAGAUUCACGCCAACGUGCAGGCGCUGUCCGGCUCCCCGGCCAACCUUGCCAUCUACUCUGCCCUGCUUAACUACGGUGACAACAUGCUCACGCUCAACCUCUCCCACGGCGGCCACCUCUCCCACGGCUCCCCCUUCAACGUCUCCGGCAAGCUGUACCACGUGACCCAAUACAGCGUCGACCCCAAGACGCGCCUGCUCAACUACGACGAGAUCCGCACGCUCGCGCACGAGACCAAGCCCGCCAUCAUCGUUGGUGGCGCCAGCGCGUACCCGUGGGAUUGGGACUGGCGCACGCUGCGCACCAUCGCUGACGAAGUUGGUGCCCUUCUGCACGCAGACGUGUGCCAUCUUGCCGGCCUCAUCGUCGGCGGACAGCUGAAGAAUCCGCUGCCAUACGCGGACACGGUCAUGUUCACGACGCACAAGACGCUCAUGGGCCCGCGCGGAUCUGUCAUUGUCACCAAGGACAAGGACAUUGCCAAGAAGAUUGACAACUCGGUCUUCCCAGGCAUGCAGGGCGGCCCGCACGUGAACAACAUUGCGGGCAUUGCGCGCAUGUUUGAGAUGAUCUGCAACAACCGCGACGCCUACUGCCAACUCCAGCGCCGUGUCCUCGACAACACCUCCAUCUUUGCCGAGGCGCUGCGGGCGGAAGGGUUUGAGCUCGAGUACCAGGGAACAGAGACACACAUGGUGAUGCUUGACAUGAAGAAGUUCCGCAACCGCUCGGGCAACGCGCUCGAUGGCGAGACGGCGUCACGGCUCCUCGAGAAUGUCGGCAUUGUUGUCAACAAGAACACGCUGCCUGGCGAUGCGACGGCUGCGGACUCGAGCGGUCUUCGCGUUGCGGCGCCGUGGAUCACCCAGCGCGGCGUCACUGCAGACCAGAUCAAGGACCUCGCCCGCAUCAUGCGUGAGCUGCUGUCCUCGGCCGUUGGCUUCCAAGUCUGGGCACCGUCGGGUGACGAGAAGUGCCGUGCUCGCGUCCCUUACGCGCAACUGCAAAAGUCGCGUCAGGAGGUCCUUGCGCUUGCUCGCUCGCUGCCGUACCCGAAGCUGGACGAGUCCAAGUUUGCCGAUUCGCUGUUUGAUCCCCUGCGCGAUGCGUUCACCGUCAAGGGCCUCACCGCCAUCUCCGUCCGCGGCGAGAAGGCGCGCCUCGCGCUCGACCAGGCGCUGACGUGCAACGUUUCCUCGCUUGGGGAGAACGACGUUGCGUGCGGGUUCCUGCUUGACGCAGACGGAGAGCUCAUCUCGCCCGCUAUUGUGUCUAACCUCGGGUGGAGCCACAACGCGGCGUGUGGCGACAACGGGGAGGAGCGAAUGGCAGUCUUUGCCCCGCAGGAGAAGGCCGAUGACGUGCGCAUGUGGCUCGACGCCCUUUCUGAUGGGUACGUUGAGCUUGUGCGUGACGAUCCGUACCUGAAGGUUGACGGCCCUUUCGCUGUCACCGGUCUGCAGGAGAAGGACAUCCCAAUGGCAGUCGUCUCGGCCGUGACCGGCUUGACGCUGCCUGGGUCGCUCGACGCGAACAACAUGGAUGUUAACAAGGCGUUUUUCGUUGGGCAGCAUGCGCAUGUGCAGCGCAACAAAGCAGAGGCGCUGCCGACGUUCACAUACACGCCGGGGGACGGCGAUCUCAAGCAGACUGUCCUGCACGACUGGCACGAGCGAAACGGCGGGGAGAUGGUUGGCUUUGGCGGCUGGCGCAUGCCCGUCAAAUACGGAUCCAUUGCCGACGAGCACCGUGCCGUGCGCACCUCUGCUGCCCUGUUUGAUGUCUCGCACAUGAGUGCUGUUGGAGUGAAGGGUCCGCAGGCGCUGGCGUUCCUUGAGACGACGCUCGCAAACACUGCUGCUCGGCUCAUCGACAACGAGGGGCAGUACAGCUACAUGAUCCGAGAGGACGGCACUGCGCUCGACGACCUGUACGUGUACCGCCUCGCCCGCGACAACUUCAUGCUCGUCUUCAACGCCGCCAACUUUGAGCGCGAUUUCGCCUGGCUCAACGCCGUCAACGAGGGCCGCGUGUGUGUGGAUCUGGAGAACCCGACCAAGCGGGUGCCCGGGCCUGUGGAGAUUAAAGAGCUGCGCGACGCCGGAAGUGACUCUCUCCUCGACAUUGCGUUCCAGGGCCCCAAGUCCAUGGAGGUGCUGCAGCGGCUUGUUGACACGCCCGAACAGCGGGAGGACUUGGCGACAGGCGUGCUCAACACCAUCCACCACAUCACGAUGAAGGGCGUGCCUGUGAUUGCUGCCCGCACCGGUUACACCGGAGAGAGCGUUGGCUAUGAGCUGUUUGUGCACCCGGACGAGACGCAAAAUGUGUGGGACAUGAUUUUGAACGAGGGCAAGCGUGACGGCGUGGUUGCUGCUGGGCUCGGCGCGCGUGACAGCGCCCGCAUCGAAGCCGGCUUCCCGCUCUUUGGUCACGAACUCGAGGGGCCCGAGCAGCUGUCACUGACCGAGGCAGACUACGGGUAUGUCUCGCGGCUGCACCGUCCGUUCUACAUUGGCCGCAAGCCCUACAUUGAGCGCACGCACCCGCGCAGGAAGAAGCUUGUUCGCCUCAAGGGCAGCGGUCGCAAGACGGCGCGUGAGGGGCACGUUGUCCUCAACGAACAGGGCGAGCCUGUUGGCACGGUGACGAGCUUUGCGUUCUGCGACGAUGACUUCAACUUCUACGCCAUCGCUGCGGUUGAUGCGCAGUGGACCCCCGAGACCGGCGCCACCAUCCGCAUUGCUCGCAUGACAAAGGACAAGUUCAAGGGUCCUGUCAAUGCCUCGAGGACUGUGGAGAUGGAGGUGCUCACGCGCUUCCCCACGCCGGAAGAGAAGGAAGCCUGGGCCAAGCACUACAACGCGUGACAUGACAUAACUCGCACACUGCGUCAUGACAACCCACGCACAACAACCACACACUUCACAAAGCGCCAUGACACUCUUUUUCCACCCCUUCCACUCCCUCCAACACCACACGCUUCCAUUCACACCAUCAACAGUUGUUUUCAUGAAUGAGGUUUCAUCCUUGCCUCCUCAACAAAGAGACACAAGGACAGCC